GUGCUGGUCGGGUGCGGCGGUGCGCAGGGAGUCUGGAGGGUGGACAGAGGCCUGGGACGCGCGCGUGCCUGCCGCAGGGUCUGCAGGGUCCGUGUCCUUCUGUGUCCACCAUGGAGACCCCCGCGGCCCGGCGGGUGCUGCUGGGCGCCGCCUGCCUGGCGCUGGGCUGCCUGGGCUGCGCGCACGCCGCGUGGAGCAGCGGUACCCACGAGUGGAAGAAGCUGAUCAUGGUGCACCACUGGCCGGUGACCGUGUGCAAGGAGGCUGGGAAGGACUGCCAAGACCCCCCUGACUUCUGGACGAUCCACGGGUUAUGGCCCGACAAAGCCGAAGCCUGCAACCGCUCCUGGCACUUCCACUACGACGAGAUCAAGGACCUUCUGCCAGACCUGAAGAUCUAUUGGCCAGACGUGACGCACACAUCCCCAAACAGCAGCCAUUUCUGGAAGCACGAGUGGGAGAAACAUGGGACCUGCGCGGCACAGCUGGACGUCCUGGAUUCCGAGAGGAAGUACUUCGGCAAGAGCCUGGAGCUGUACAAGGCGCUGGGGCUCAACAGCGUGCUGCAGAAGUUGGGGAUCAAGCCGUCCACCAACUACUACCAGGUCGCAGACAUCAAGGACGCGCUGGCCAGUGUCUACGGAGUCGUCCCGAAGGUGCAGUGCCUGCCGCCCGCCCAGGGUGGGGACGUGCAGACCCUGGGCCAGGUCGAGCUCUGCUUCUCCAAGGACCUGCAGCUGCGCAACUGCUCCGACCACCAGGGGCCGGGGGGGCCCGGGGCGGGGGGCUGGGGUCUGCGGGUCUGCGAGGACGGGCCCGCCUUCUACCCGCCACCCGAGGAGGCCCGGCCCUGAGGC